AUGGAGAAACAGCCACCAGAAACGAAAGCACAUUACUGGAGCGGCGACAAUGCUAGCGCUCGUGAUUCGGGCACAAGCAGUCCUCUCGAUCCCGACAAUGUCUCGACAGAUAGCCACGAGAAGCCGUCGAGUUCUUCACAUACAGACAACUCGGCAGAGUUCGGCGCAUACUUCCCUCCCGAAAUCGCACAGGUGGCACACUGGAGGGAACACAUCGGCCUAUCGGAUUUCGCCAUCAUGCUACAACAGUCUCUGAAAGGCGCCUUUCCCAAAGACAACGCCUCUCAGUACACCAAAGCUUUCGUUCUUCUUGUAUAUUGGGAGGUCGGAGUCCCGUCUCUACCCAUUGAGCCCGAAAUAAUCCGCCUGAGAGACGCAUUUACUGAUGUGUUCAACUUUGAAGUUGAAAUGUUCCAGAUUCCCACGUCUCGCAGCCACAUCAUGCUUAGCCGGAAGAUCAACGAUUUUGUCUUUCUGAAUGACGACAGCAAAGACGAUCUGAAAAUAUUUUACUAUGGCGGGCAUGGAAAACUCACAAAAUCCAGAGAGCUACUGUUCUCAAACAACCUAGGACAUUUUGGACUCAAGGAAGAGACCCUUACGUGGAGCGGUAUUCAGUCGACGCUUGAGAAGGCUCUCAGUGACGUCCUAAUCCUACUUGACUGUGGCGAGUCUGGUAUGGUCCGCUUUGGCGAAGGCCACGGAGUGACUGAGCUCGUUGCUUCUUGCAGCUACGACGCCAAGACUAGUGGUUUUGGCGAAGCUUCCUUCACUAAAGCAUUGGUCACCGAGCUCAAGUCUCUCGCAAUUAGCAAACUUCGCUUCACAGCCUCCGACCUAUGGGCACAUAUCUACAACCGCAUGCAGUGCCAUAUCCCUACAGGACAUUCUAACGAUAGAUAUCCUGCCCCGGUCCAUUUCUUCAUCACUAGAGAUUCAGAUUUCGACAGGUCUAUAGAUUUGACGCCUUUGCCUCCCACUCCGAUUAACCGCAACCUCCUGGCCGAGAUGAAAUUUGAAUGA